AUGGGUUGCAAACACUCCAGGGAUGCAACGCUCGUUUAUCGCGCGAAGAGAGUUGCAAUACCCUUGCGACCUUCGACGCCAUCCUUUCACGUGCAACAAAAGAAGGUCUGGUCUCCUGCAAGCAGUUCUCAGACCAACGAGGUCCGAGAAGAACUGCCAUCCUUCGUCGUCUCAGACAGCGCCGGCUUGGUUGGUAGCUCCGAUGGCGAACCUGUGCACGGAAUGAUGAGUGCCUUUACGUUUUCUUUCAUCCAGGCGUCCGAUACUAACAGCAACAACUCCAGUCUAGGAAGCAUCUCGUUCACCUCCGUCGAGCAGACAUCGCCCGAGUCGUCCGAACCACCGGAAUCGCUCGCGUUUGCCAUGACCGGCGAUUCGAUUGAGCUGAUGGUCAUUCCAGAAGAACGGCUUGGGAGAUUGAGAGACGGCUUUGAGGUUUCAAGCGGCACUACACAACAGGAAAGUGCGGAGCCGAGUACGAAUGACAGAGGUGCGACGGAACCCGAGGAAGAAAAAUCACCUUCGAAUCCAUUGACACACGUCACAAUGAGUGAAUUGGCAGUGACGGAAUCGAGUGAGUCACUUACGUAUGAGCUGGACGCGUUCGGCAUCAGCUACCGCAGUAUAGAUAAUAGGUAUAACACGAUAGAAACAAGACGAUCCGUGGAACUGAGUGAGGGCGAUUACAUGGUUACGGAGAUGGAAGCUGCUUUUCGUCGUAAGUCUGCAGUUGAAACUGUUCAGGCAACUUUAUCGGACGAGAGCAGCCACAGAGUUAUUGAAUGCCAAUCGAUACAAGAGGUCGCUGCUGCGGUCGUACAGGACAUUAUCGCUGCUGCCUUGUCUGACACAUCAAAAUUGUUGAUUGAUGAAGAUCGACGGCAGUCACGAGACUGCAAAGCUCUUGUUGCAAGCAGCAGUCUUCAGGUAGAACCAUCGAAUACGACGACGACAAAAUUGAGCAUGAAGACGGAGCAACCAGAGAACGCACAAGAGUCGAGCUUUCGCGUACCCAUCUACUCUAUUGUGAACACCUCGACGAAAAAUGGCGUCGUGAUGUAUCACGUGCAGCUCCUAGACGAGUUUACGGACAGCGCAAAGUGGGUGACACCACUGCUGUUCCGCUAUUCCGAUUUCAGCGAAAUGUACUUGAAGUUAAAGGAGACCAAGGUGCCUGCUAUUGACAAGGUCCCAAAGCUGCCUGGAGCUGGCGUUGUACACUUUGCGCGAGGUCGAAAAAGCAAGAAAACGAUCCAGGAGCGGCAAGAGCAGUUUUCCAACGUGCUAAGGUACAUCGCAGAGCAUCAGGAACUGCACGACAGCGCUGUGUUCCAGAACUUUUUAGCUAAGUGA